AUGACGGAUUUCAAACUUUUUGGUCAGAUGAUUCCGCGGCCACUCCGUAAUCAACUUCAGCAGCAGCAGCAGGGGAAUCUGGGGCAGAGGAUGGAAGUCGUUGAUGUUUCCGCCUCUUGUUCUUAUGCUGGUGACCCCAGUCCGGCGGCCGCGGCUGCGGAAAUCGGCAAUCGAGAUGAGCGUUGCGAUGGAGAUAAAGAUGAAGAUGACUGUACAAGUUCUGGAAGUGAAGGAGAAGGAGGAGGAGAUGAGCGUGAUGAAAACAUGGAAAAUUCAGGAAACGAUGAAAUUACUGACGAAAAUCGCCCGAUCGGGGCCUCGAAUGGCAAUUCGAAAGACCCCAACCCUGCAUCAUCGUCAUCAUCAGCAGGAAUAAACCAGAGAGACAACACGGCUGCUACCAACACCGAUAAACCCGGCCAAGACAAAGGCGGCAAGAGCGAUCAAAGUGGCGAGGCAACAAGCAGCAGCUCGCAAAACCAAGACAACAAAACCUUGAAAAAACCAGACAAGAUCCUACCUUGCCCUCGAUGCAACAGCAUGGAGACCAAAUUCUGUUACUACAACAACUACAACGUCAACCAGCCCCGCCAUUUCUGCAAGAACUGCCAGCGGUACUGGACUGCCGGUGGCACGAUGAGGAACGUGCCAGUCGGUGCUGGACGGCGGAAGAACAAGAGCGCUUCUUCUUCGCAGCAGUACAGGCAGAUUAUGGUCUCGGAGGCCUUGAGAUCAGCAGCUGCUCAAUCCCAUGUCUUGAGUGGCAGUACUACCGUCUUGAACUUCCGGUCCGAUUCCCCUCUUUGUGAAUCCGUGGCUUCCAUCUUGAACCUCUCGGAGAAUGCGCAAGCCGGUUUCCACCCUCGUGGUGCUCCUUCAGGGGCUGCUAAUGGUAAUGAUAACGGCGAUGGGUGCUCAAGUGGAAUGUCGGUUACAGGUUCGACAAAUUCAUCCGAUAAAACGGGGAUCAUCAAACAUGGUUCAUCAGGGGGAAGUUGUCUCCCAUGUAUGCCAGCGGCUCCUUGGCCUUACCCCAUGGCAACUCCGAUGCCUCCGCCUCCACUGAUGGGGUUUGGCCCUCCAGGGUUCCCGAUUUCAUUCUAUCCUGCAUCACCUUACUGGGGAUGUGCGGUUCCUAGUCCAUGGACUGGAGCACCACCACCACAGCAACCAUGUCCGUCUUCCCUAAGCCCAAAUGGUUCAAGCUCAGGGUCAAGUCCGGUUACUUCUCCACUGGGGAAGCAUUCGAGGGAUGGCGAGACCACGAGGGCAGAGGGAUCAUCGGAUGAACCGUUGCGAAAGAUGAGCAAUGGGAUUGUUGUUCCCAAGACGUUGAGGAUCGAUGAUCCUAAUGAUGCCGCAAAGAGCUCCAUAUGGGCGACGCUGGGGAUUAGUCAGAGUGAAAAGCCUAGCUCCAUCAAUGGAGGCAGUAUGUUUAAGGGAUUUCAGGCGAAGGGUGGAGAUAGAAUUCAAGGAAACGGGACAUCUCUAACACUGCAGGCUAACCCUGCUGCUUUAUCAAGGUCUCUCAACUUCCAGGAGAGGAAUUAG